AUGGUGAAGUUCCGUUCUUCACUAUGUCUCGGUCUUUUGCUCUCUUCUUUUGCUGUUGAUCGCCUGCUCGGCGGCUCAAAGUCUAUUCGAUGUUGGCUCAAAUGGCUCAAAGUCUAUUCGAUGUUGAUCGCCAAUGCAACCAUUCUCGACAUGUUCACCGGACUGUGCAAUUUGUUUGUCAUGUUGAGGCGACUUUCUCCAACUUCUCGACGACGGGAAAGCGAAGAUCGAACCCCUUUUCCAACACUAUCUUGGCAA